UAUGUCUCUUAGCACUGUUUACGUUAGAAACGUUGACGAUGAGGAAAGAAUUCAUAUUAAUUUUACUUAUAAAUUAAAUGAUAAAACUAGGGAAUUUAAUAUGAACCGGAGUAAAACCGAAAAUCUCUCAGAAACAAUCAAUAGGUUAUCUCAAAAUCUUAUUAAAUGGAUUGAAAAAUCAUCAAAAAAGAAAAAUAAACAGGAUAUUCAAUCACCGACUGAGAUUGAUAUAUCUCUGUUAGAAGGUGAUCAAGUUAUAGACCUAUCAACAAAAACUGGAGACGCUUGGAAACAAGACGGAAUUAUGAAGAUCGCUGAUGAAAAGUUUAAGAUUGAAGUUAACAUACCAACUAUUCAAAGUAUUAAUUUAUCAAGUAGUAUCCUUGCUGGAUUUCCUAUACUUUUUCGAGUUGAAAGUGACUUUACGGACCUUCAAAUAUCAAAGUUUACUUGGUCAAAAGAAGUGAAGAAGGAAGUAGAAUUACAAAAUGGUAAAAGGGUUGUAACCACAAGUUGGGUUGAAUUAUCUAACGAAAGAGAAUUUAGACCAUCCGUUAACGAUAUUGGUUGUAGAAUAAAAUGUACAAUUUUACCAAGGAAUAAGGAUAAAAAUGGUCAGGAAAAGAGUGGAGAGUCUAAAUGUACAAUUAGCGCUGGACCAGGCGUAUGUCCUUUCGAAGAACGUCAUUUAUACACGACUGAGCCUUGUGAUAAAGAUAGUAUUCGAGUUGUUACCUAUAACGUACUGGCUGGUUUAUACGCUGAUACAGACUAUAGUAAAGCAGUUUUAUAUCCAUAUUGCCCUGCGUACGCCCUUUCAACUGACUAUAGGAAACAAUUAUACAUAAAAGAAUUAAUUGGUUUCAAUGCUGAUAUUAUUAGCCUACAAGAAUUAGAUAAGAAAAUCUUUUAUAACGAUUUACAACCAAAAUUUGUAGCUGACUAUAGCAUUCAUCUGGCUGAUUGUAUUGAAAAAGAUUACAAUUCGGAUGUUAAAGAUAAAAUACUUUCUAAAGAUCUAUUAAAAGAGAAAAUUAUGCCCAGAAAGAACACCUUACAACUCAUACAUGUAAAAUGCAAAGGAGGUAAUAGAGAUGAUAUCUUAAUCGGCAAUACACAUUCAUACUUUCAUCCUACCGCGGAUCAUAUAAGGGUUAUUCAAGCUUAUUUAAGCCUUAAACAUAUGGAAAUGGUUUUGAAGAAUUUAAAAGACGUUAAACCUAAGAUAAUUUUCUGCGGUGAUUUCAAUUCGGAUCCACUAUCUGGUGCUGUUCAAUUGUUACAGGAUGGAAAAAUUAAUAAUAAUCAUAAAGCGUUCUUUUCGGAUGGUGAAGCUCAGUACGUUCCAAAUUGGAAUUUUGAAUCGCUGUUCAAGUUCAAAAGUGCCACUGGUUACCCCGAUUACACAAAUUAUAUAGCAUCUUUUCAUGGAUGUCUUGAUUAUGUUUUCGUCGAAAGCGAUAAAUUUGAAGUACUUAGAACCAUACCAAUGCCGGCACAUGAACAUGUGACACAGAUGACCGCUCUACCAAACGCGGUCUUUCCGUCUGACCAUUUGUCACUUGUAUGUGAAGUGAGACCCAUUUGA